UAUAUGCAUAGCACUCUCGUUUACAAAAAAAUGGAUUUCUCACAAUCAUUGAGCCAGACCCGUUAUCAGCCUCUUUCUAUUGAAAAAUCAUUGCGUAACAGCCAGUACCUCCGCAUAUUUCUUCUUUUAGGUGUGAUCUUUGUUUACUCACUAGGACUUAUAUAUCUGGCUCCAUCUCUAUCUUCAAAAUGCACAAACAAUCGGUUUGUAUACUCUCCCGCUGAGAACGCAAUCGAUUAUCAUCGCAUCACAAUCGAUGGAGAUGCGGUCAACAAGUAUAAAGGAAGUCCCUCACCAGAACUUGAUAAAGCAUGGCUGGAUUUGCUACAUGGAUUUAAGAUUCGGGUUACAGCAGAGGAGCUGGAUGCGGUGAACCGAACGUCUACAAAUGCUGAGGAUGGCGAGGGCGGUUAUCUCGCGACAUUGGAUGUUUUUCAUCAUUUGCACUGUCUUUGGAAUGUUAGGCAUUUCUUAGCCCCCGAUUAUUAUAAAGAUCAGGUUGAUCAACACAUUACGAAACCUGGAGAGAUAUAUCCAACGCAUAUCGAUCACUGUCUUGAUUUGAUACGGCAACACCUUAUGUGCCAAGGUGACAUAUCCAUGUAUACAUACGAUUACAUGGAAACCGAUCGGACGAAGAUUAUGCCAAACUUCAAGGUGGAACGCAUGUGUAUGAACUGGGAGCACCUUGCGGCUUGGAUUGAGAAAAGGAGCUACUAGAUGCGUAUUGACAUUGAUGGGAACGCAAAGGCCUGAACAAGACAACUUUUGAUUUAAUUUCUAUUGAAGGUGGUGGGACGUUUGAGCGCUAUCGAUUGCGAAAGUUGGCCCCUAAUAUCAUGUCAAAUUUGAUUUUGGUUGUAGUCCAUUGGGAAUUCUUCUAGGAAUGCAGCUUCGCACCAGAUCAAAAGCCGAAUUUCUUGGGCAUAUCACGCAUUGCCAUGGUGCACGGGAAUUGGAUCUUGGCCAGGAAUGAAGUCAUAAAUGCGUGACAAGGACAGUAUGAGAUACACAGAAGUACAUAAAUCAAGAAUGACAACCAAUCCAAACGAACAACCCAAAAAAUAAAAUCAAACAACCUAUCGGCAUCGUUGUGGGUCUUUGAGGUCUUUCGAUAUCGGCAACUCUGCCUUUGAGGUGGGUAGGACAGUGUUAAUGGAAGUGGAAAGCCUUGUAAGAACUCUGCUCU